CCAUUUAUAAAUCUCAACGUUCAUGCACUUGUUCAAACCACAUCUCUCCUCAAACAAAACCAAAUCCAAAAUGGUCCCUGUAGAAAUUGUUCAAGCUACUGAAGCUACCACUAGAUCCAUUAAUGAGCCACCCACAAGUCCCAGAAUCUCUUUCUCUGCUGAGUUUCUUGAUGAAAACAACUUCAUUUCCAUCAGCCCCCACACUGAAAACAUUGAAAAAGACCAAGAAAGAGAGAGAGAAAAGGCCAGAAUCAAUGUAGACUUUGAGUUUCUCUCUAACAAUAAUGUCAGUAGCCACACCAUGCUCACUGCAGAUGAGCUUUUCUUUGACGGAAAGCUUCUCCCUUUUUGGCAAAUGCAGCACUCAGAGAAGCUCAACAAGAUCAGCUUGAAGUCAAAAGAUGCGGAAGAAGAAGAGGUAAACAAAGAAGCGGCUGAACCUAGAGUAAGUUGGUUUGUUGAUGAUGACCCUUCUCCAAGGCCACCAAAAUGCACCGUUUUAUGGAAAGAGUUACUGAGGUUAAAGAAGCAACGUGCUUCUUCUUUGUCACCAUCUUCUUCUUCCUCCUCGACAUCAUCUUCUUCAAGCUCACUAGCCGAUGUGGCUACUACAGAAGCAAAGAAGGAAGGUGCUGGGAACAGAGAGAAGCAUGUGAAGAGGAUAAAGAAGGGGCUGGAGAGAACAAGAUCAGCAAGUAUCAGAAUAAGGCCAAUGAUAAAUGUGCCCAUUUGCACACAAGUGAAGAGCAGUGCUUUGCCACCUCUAUUUCCCCUCAAGAAAGGAAGAUUAGAGAGGUGAAUUAAAAAGAUCACAAAGUUGCAUGUAGCGGAAUUUUCAUCUCAUAUCUAGUAUUGUCUAAUAUGUUCAUUUCUUUAAAUUUCAUUCUACAUUUGAAUUUUUUUUUUUCUCUGUUUUCU